UAAGGAGAAAAUGUAUGACUGGACCGGUAAUGGAGUCCGGGACCCCUGCAUCACUUGUCAGGUGCUCUACCGACUGAGCUACCCAGGCCGAUAUCCACGUAUCAUGUUUUGCAUGCGGAAGAAUAAAGUAGGCAUCCUGUCAGAUGAGGAGGAAGCUGCCUACAAAAAGAUAGAGAAGGUGAACAACGAAGAUGUGGAAGAGGAGGUUCACACUCCAUCUAUCCUAGACGCGAUGUUUUGUGUGACACCGAACGAAGGCCCAGGCAACACCAAAAGUACUGAUGAACCUAGAUCAGAUGACACUAGAUCAGAGGUUAUUAAAAAGAGUGAGUUGGUGCUCCCCACCUUCAAGUCGAGUGUUCCCAAACUACUUCCAAUCAAUGGGAACAUCAUGAGAAUCCUGAUUCUUCCGAUUGACGACGAGGUCGCUUACCAGAAAUGGAAAGAGGAAACCCACAAAGUUCUUCAGGAGAAUGGUCUGUUGAAAGAAGACAAGCUGGCGGAAAGAAGAAGAAAACUGAUUGAACGAGGCAAACUGAAAAAUUAAGAGACAAAUAUAAACAAUGUAGUGAACAAUAUGGAAAUGAACAACGUCCAGCUAUCGUUUUGAAAAUAACAAUGAUCACAAUAUUUGUUAUUUACAUAUAUUUAACCUUUUCUUGAUUUAUUUAAUCCCUUUAUUUAUUUAUUCAUUUUUUUGUGUGUGUGAGAGAAUAGAGGGGACAUCCGAGUUUUUUUUUUCUUCAGAUAAUAGUUGGUUUUAAUUGAAUUAUCUUUUUUUCUUUCGACGUGCCAUAUAGUUUUAUUGGAAUUUUCCAGGAAGUGGGCAUCGGAGACGGAUCUGAGGCUCACAAUGCUGACCAAAUUAACUUUUUUCACAUCUUUUGGAACUUUCGGCUUGCCAGGGAAUAUCCAUUCCACAAACAGAGGGAAUGGUGUUCUCUGUCAAAAACGUGAAAGGUAAUUGCUAUAGAGAGCUAGGUAUAAAGUUCUGUUGUUCCCUCUUGUUUUA